AUGAACCCAAACGAUAGACAGUCGAACCUCUCUCCGGCGAAGAUGAGGCAAUAUUCCCACCUUCACGCGCAGCUAGCUCAGCUGAACGCCAACCUCGCCGAUACACAGAAUCUCAUGCGCAUGACAAGUGCCCAAGCAAGCGACCUUAGGUUCUUGGGCGGCUAUGUAGGGAGCCUGUUCAUGGGUGCGGCGAAAGUCUUAGGCGAGGAGGGGAUAAAUGCGCAAGAUGACGGCAGCAAGAAAGACGGAGGCAAAAACAAAGGUGCAUCCCAAACGAAUGACGAGAGUUAUAACUACGAAGACGGCGAUGAGGGCCGUGGAUAG